AUUCAGUAGUCUGUGAUUGCCCUUCUCGUUCUCGAUUACGAUUUUUAUAUGAAUGCGAGUAGCACAGACUAGAGUCUACAACUAAUAAUAAUCGAGUAGUCGCUCUCGUUGGUUGAAUUGUUGCGCUUGGGUUAUAGUCUUUACUUUUUAUCUUUUGUAUAAUUUUUUAUUUUGUAAAACAUUAGAAUCUCGAACAUUACUAAAAGUUUAGCUAUAGUUUGUUAGAUUUAAUAUAAACUCCUGCCAAUCGUGUUAAAAUCCCCGGAAAGCUUUUUGCCUGUACAAAGGAGUAAAACGGGAUGCUGCUAAAAACUGCAUCCGAAAUUGUGGACGUGCCCGAUUUCAUCUACCGAAUCUGACCAUUGCCACUUUCUCUCGCUUGUGCGUCUCGUCGUGCCGUGAACUGUUACUCAAAACUUGUGAAAAGAAUUCUAAAAAUUCUGUUAGUACGUGACGUGAUUCAGUCUUCAGAUGGUUCGUAAAAUCGUAACGGUAGUCUGUCUCUGACGCCUGCCGUGUUAACAUCGGUUUAACUUGUGUUCAAAGUUAGUGUGAUGUAUAUUUUCGUGUCGUGAUGGUGGAACGCGAAGGGAUGAGGCGCGGCGGCUGUGGCUGGGGCGGCGGAGUCCUCGGCCGUUGGUCCCUGCGCCGAUUGCUCUUGGACAGCCCUUUAGUGGGACGGAGGCUGGCGCAUUCAGUAUUGGAGCAGGGAGAGCGGGCCGUGAGAUUGGGCCCGGAAACGGCGCAGGCGAGGCCGCCAGUGCAAUAUAUCGCUGAGGACGAAGAGGGCGAAGUGCUAGACUGUCCGCUAUGCCUGUCCACGCUGAGCGCGGCCGGCAUGGUGCGGCUGGCGUGGUGCGCGCACCGCUGCUGCGAGCCCUGCCUGCGCCAGUACCUCGCCAUCGAGAUCUUCGAGGCCAGGGUGCCCGUCAACUGCCCCGUUUGCCACGAGAACAUGCACCCGUCGGACGUGCGUCGAAUAGUGGACAACCCGACGCUAUACGACAAAUACGAGGAGUUCUCCGUGCGGCGCGCGCUCGCCGCCGACCCCGACACGAGAUGGUGUCCCGCGCCGGACUGCAGUUUCGCGGUAGUGGCGACGGGCUGCGCGUCGUGUCCGAAGCUGACUUGCCUAGCGCCCGGCUGCGGGGCCUCCUUCUGCUACCACUGUAAGGCAGCGUGGCAUCCCACGCAGACCUGCGACGCGGCCAGGCGCAGCCGACAGCCGCCGCCCAGAGCACCGGCGCCCUCACACAGCGAGAUGGAGCAUGGCGAAGUAAAGCCGUGCCCGCGCUGCUCGGUACUCAUCGUGAAGGUGGAGGACGGGUCGUGCAACCACAUGGUGUGCUGCGUGUGCGGCGCCGAGUUCUGCUGGCUCUGCAUGAAGGAGGUCUCCGAUCUGCACUACCUCAGUCCGAGCGGCUGCACGUUCUGGGGCAAGAAGCCGUGGUCGCGUAAGAAAAAGCUGCUGUGGCAGCUGGGCACGCUGGCGGGCGCGCCGCUCGGUAUCGCCGUGGUGGCGGGCGUGGCGCUGCCCGCGUUGCUGGUGGGGCUCCCGCUGUGGGCCGGCCGCCGCGCGCACCGCCGCUUACGCCGCGCGCGCCCCGCCCGGCGCCGCGCGGCCGUGGCCGCUGCCGUCGCUGCUGCGUUAAUAGUAUCCCCCCUGGUGGCGGGCCUGGCGGUGGGCAUCGGCGUGCCGAUCCUGUUGUUCUACGUAUACGGCGUGGUACCGGUUUCGCUGUGCCGCGCGGGAGGCUGCGCCGCCGCGCCUACGCCCUUCGACGACGAGCGCGACCAGCCCAUGGACAACGCGCUGGACCUGGACGCGGCCUCACGCCGACUGGAGCCCAGCAUCGGCGACGCGUCGCUGUCGGCCGGGUCGCAGCAAGCCGAGGUGCGCGCGCCAUCGCUGGCCGGGCUGGCAGGGUCGCUGGGCGGGCACGAGGCCGCCUCACACGGCGCCGCCUCGCCCGCCGCGCACCGCCUCGAGGUGACGGCCGACGUGGCCGCCUCCGACACCGCCAGCGCCGCCAGCUGGCCCGACGAUCUGCCCUCCACUUCGGCCGCCACCUCGAGAUCCGCCGCCAGGCUGCGGAGUCUGUUCCUCUACGGCUCCGCCCAUCCGCCGUCCGACCUGGAGGCGGGGGACACUCAACUUCCUCCCGUAGUGACCCCGUGUUCGCGAGUCGAAGUUUCCAACGCGUGCGAGACGCGACUCGCCCGAUCCCCCUCGCCGGACGCGUCGUAACGAAUCGCGUUGUAACUGAAACGAACAGUGAUUUAAUAAUUAGGAUAAAAUAAGUGGAUAGUGUGAAAAUCUCAGUGGAGUUGUGAUUUUGACUGUAAAGUGACAGUCGAGUGAAUAGUGAUUUCCGAUUACCUUAAUUAAACCUCUGUUUUAUGUUUCUCAAUUAUUUGUUGCCAGCCUCGAGUAAAACGAAAUACAACCAAAUUGACUGCAUGACUAUUUGAGUUGCGUUAAAAAAAUGCCCAAUUGAAGCAUAAAAGAUAUUAUAUGUAUAACUCGCGAUGUGACCCAAAUUUUGAAAGAAACCAAUUGAAAUGCAGCAUUGCUAAUCACCGCGUUAAUCAAAGCGGCUAUAAAGAUUACCGAUUACUAUACAUGUCAUAGACAACCAACAACCUCUAUGUACUAUAGUUGAAUAUUUUAAUUAAACAACAUUUUUUGACGUCUCCAGUGCUACCCUAUUUUGAUAUGCGAAAUAAAUAGUACGGGGAGCAAAAAGAAAUUGCUAAGAAUCACCAACUCAGUUGGUACAGAAGCUAUGGCAACUUUAGAAAUGUGUCAAACAUUGUGAGUCAAUGAUUCAAUGGAAUUAUAAUGGUAUAAAAAUUAUAAAAAACUUAAUCACCUGCUGUAAAUUGGUUAGUAACAUCUAGGACCACCUAAUUACUCAAUAUAAUUUAUAUUUAUGUAAAUCAUAUUUGAAAGCCCUUUUUUAAAGCACUAUUAUACAAUUCAUACAUAUUAUAUUUUAGUUACUAUUUAGUAGUUUUAUAAUAUUUCCUUUUUACUCUGCUUGUGUGAACUCAGGAACUGGUUCAUUGACUCAUUCACAUGACACAACUGAACCACAUCACUAUUAUCUUAAAUAUGGCAUCUUUAUUUUACGAUUAGUUACUGUCAAAAUGUGAUUUUUAACUAAAAAUUCCCUAUACACACUAGACAGGUUAUUUCGAACAAAAAAAAAUUGCCGGUUUCAACUCACUUUUGCUUAUAACUUGGUGGCAGUCAUACCAAUUUUGACAGCUUCCUAGAAAACAAUUUUUGAUCGAAAUGACCCAUCUGGUGAACACUUCCCACCAGAACAUAAUCCUGUCAGAUACAGAAGGCUCGCUCCGUAAAGAUGUUCAAAUAAAUAACAACUCUGUUAUGGCGCCGUAAAGUACAAUUCAUCUCGCAUGGUAUGUUGUGGUCUAAAAUUUAACAAAUGCCUCUCUUUCUAUUGUAUAUAAAUCGUAUAUUCUUCUUUCCAUUCUCUCUCUGUCCCUACCUCUGUCACAUAAUCUUAUCACGCGAGUGCUAUUGAAGGGAUGUAGCGCCAUAGAUACAUUUCUCGGGUCCUGUGGAUAAGUGAGCGUAGCCUGGUACAUAGUACAUAGAAGUUGUUGUAGCCUAUUAUAGUUUGGUUCUGCUAUGAUUUGCAGCUAGGUGAUGAUUCCUUUGAGUUCCAUGUAAAGUACGCGACCGCGACGCGCGACACUGUCGCGGGAAUGCAGUGUCGCGCGUCGCUGUCGCCUGUCUCAAGCUACAUACAUACAUACAUACUCUACGUCUCUUUACACAAGGCACUACGCGUUGCGAUGGCGUACUAGUCUACCUUAAAAUUAAUUAGUAUUAUUUCGCGACAACCCUAUGACAACUUAACUAAUUUAAUUAAUUGUAAGGAUCGCCAAAAUAAACGAUGCCUAGAUGAUGAUAUUGACGGCUCUCGAUAGAUGCUUCGCGCUUUCAGUGCAGGGCCCUCAUUCUCUAUGACACUUGUUAUCUUAACUAGCCACUUGAUGAUUGAUUCUUGAAAGGCAAAUAAUAAUAAUGAGUUGCACAUACAUACUGGCAAAAUAAAUGACAUUAAAUAAUAUGAAAAGUUGCACUAUUAGAUGGCAUUAAUAGUCACUUGAGUACUAAAUAAAGAUACAUCUCUGGCACUUGGCGGUAAUGAACAGUGGCCUGGUAGUCAAAGGCGCUCCAGAGAGAAGUUGGUUCGAAUCCUGCUGGUUCUGCAAUUUUUGAUAUGUAUUUAAAAUUAUUAAGCCUUGAAGUCUUAGUAAAAACACUACAAUAAAAAAUUAUAAAAUAAAUGAUUAUGAUUACACUCGAGAUCCAUACAAUAGGCGUUACGAAUACAGUUCUGACCUUGAACCUGCGCAGUAGAUGAUUUAGCGAUCCUGAUUGUAAAUCAAAAAACUAAUUUCGUCAGAAUUUAUAUACUCUUUCUUUCUCUACACACCUCUAAUGUAAGUCAUAUAAAUAAAAAAAUAGGAUGUAUAAUUGUUUUGUUAACAAAAUGAUGCGCAGGCCAGAAGGUCGACGGCGCGAAUGUCAUAGAGAAAAAGAACCCAGUGUUGUUCUAUCUGAUAUUUGUGAUACUUUGAAUAAUAAUUACUAUUAAUAAUCUAAAUUAUUUAAUUUUUCACGUUUGUAGGCGAAAUGUAAAUAGUCAUAAGCUAUAACUACAUAAUAUUAUGUUAUGUAAAUCAUAGAAAUUGUAAACUAUCAUUAAAAUGUGAUUAUACCUA